UUUUCUUAAUUAAGCAAGCAAAAAAAAAAGAAAAGAGAAGAAGAGCAGAAGACAUGCACGAGGAAGCUUCGAAUCACAAGAAGAUGAAAGCGUGAUAAAAAAUUUUAGACUCUCGCAUCGCACUUAAAGGAUCUUGAAACCCUAUUCUUUUUCGUCGUGGUAUCGAUUGCUUGUUAAUCAAGCAAGGAAUCUCCGAGAUCUGUGUGUGAUGCGCUCUUCUUCUUCUUCUUCGUAGUAGAGAACGAUAACGAGGAGAUAAUAUAUGAAGAGAAGUUUCGCACAUUGAUGAAUCAAAUCCGUCGCUGGCGGAGGAUUUUGAUCCUCUCUCUGCUUUUGUUAUCCGUCGUCGCUCCGAUUGUCUUCCUUUCGAAUCGGAUCAAGAGCAUCACUUCCGUCGAUAGAGGAGAAUUCAUUGAAGAAGUGCCUGACAUUAGAUAUAAGACGAAUGAUGAUCUUAGACUUACCGCCUUUGAACAGGAUGGAGAAGGCUUCAAGGAGCCUAAACGAAUUCUCAAGGAUGAUGAGUUGAAUCCUCUGGUUAGGUCUAGUGCGUCUAAUGAAAGUCAUGAUGGCUCGCAGUCUAGUGAGCGAGACAAAACACCUGUUCUCUCAGAAAUUAGCGGGGGAAACAGUAACAAAACCAAGGAGGUGCAAGCAGUAGUUUCACAGCAAACCACUGGAAGCUCUGAUACAGCGGAGAAAUUUUCAGCAAAAGAUAUUCAACCUAGUCACAAAACCAAGUUCCAGCGCCCUAUGGCUAAGAGUGAAAAGAGUUCAAGGGUUCAGCUUGGAAGGGAAACAGAUGAGAGGAUAAAGGAGAUCAGAGACAAAAUCAUCCAAUCUAAAGCCUAUCUGAAUUUGGCCCUGCCUGGGAAUAACUCCCAAAUUGUGAAGGAGUUGAGAGUUCGAACAAAAGAGCUGGAACGGGCUGUCGGUGAUGCCACCAAAGAUAAGCAUUUGUCAAAGAGCUCCCCUCAAAGAUUGAAAGCCAUGGAACUUGCACUAUACAAGGUCAGUCGGGUCUUUCACAACUGCCCUGCCAUUGCGACAAAACUCCAUGCCAUGACUUACAAAUCUGAAGAACAAGCUCGGGCGCAGAAGAAGCAAUCAGCACAUUUAAUGCACCUUGCAGCAAGGACUACCCCAAAAGGGCUUCACUGCCUCUCAAUGCGUUUGACAACAGAAUACUUUACCCUGGAUCAUGAAAGAACAAAGCCUUUUCAACAAAGUUAUAACAAUCCUGAUCUCUACCAUUACGUUGUCUUCUCUGACAAUGUUUUGGCCUGUGCGGUUGUUGUUAACUCUACAAUCUCUUCGUCAAAGGACCCGGGAAAGAUAGUAUUCCAUGUGGUGACGGAUUCACUCAAUUACCCAGCAAUCUCGAUGUGGUUUAUUUUAAACCCAGUUAGCAGAGCAACAAUCCAAAUCCUAAACAUUGAUGAUAUAAAUGUCCUUCCUUUAGACCAUGCUCAAUUGCUGAUGAAGCAAAACUCAAGUGACCCGCGAGUCAUUUCAGCGCUCAGCCAUGCACGCUUCUAUCUCCCGAAUAUAUUCCCAGGUCUGGACAAGGUCGUAUUAUUUGACCAUGAUGUAGUAGUUCAGAGAGAUCUAAGUAGACUGUGGAGCCUCGAUAUGAAUGGGAAAGUUGUUGGAGCUGUAGAGACUUGUCACGAAGGUGAACCUUCAUAUAUUGCGAUGGAAACACUCAUUAACUUCUCAGAUGCAUGGGUUGCCCAGAAAUUCGACCCUAAGGCUUGCACUUGGGCGUUUGGGAUGAAUCUGUUUGAUCUCAAAGAAUGGAGGAGACAGGGUUUGACAUCUGUGUACCUGAACUACUUCAACCAGGGAGUAGAAAGACAUCUGUGGAAAGCAGGGAGCUUGCCACUAGGUUGGUUGACGUUCUAUGGCCAAAUGAUACCAUUGGAGAAGAGAUGGAAUGUGGUUGGAUUAGGUCACGAAUCAGGAGUUAAAGCAGGAGAGAUAGAAGAAGCAGCGGUUAUACACUACGACGGGAUCAUGAAGCCGUGGCUGGACAUCAGGAUAGACAAAUACAAGCGGUACUGGAACAUACAUGUACCUUACCAUCACCCAUACUUGCAACGUUGCAACAUUCACGAUUGAUUUUUUUUUUUCAAAACAGAGUUCCCACAAAACUUAGGAUUCAAUUCAAUUCAUUUCAUUUCUUUGUUGAUGUUAUAAUUAGCUUCAUUCUUUUUACAAUAUCUCAUGUAAAUUUUGAUUCUUUUUGAUACAAAAACAAUACACCAAUGUUUUUUGAGAGGUUAAUGUCAGAUUUGGUUAAUAGCAGCGGAGUGUUGCUUUGUGUGA